AUGGAGUACGACAAACUCGCCUCAACAGCCACAAAUUUCAUCACCGCCUGCGCUCCCAAAUCCCCAAACUCCAACACUCCCGACGCUGAGGCCAUCCUCGGCAUCCUUGCCCCAGACGCGAGACUUCAAUGGGGCCACAAGACCUUCAUCGCAUCCUCUCCUUGGCUGCAAGGGCACAGGACUCCGCAGGAAUUCGUACAGCACAUGAGUGGAAUGGCUUCCAAGCUGGGAACCUGGAAGCCCUCGGUCACCAACACGAUUGUCGAUGUACGCAAACGCCGCGUGAUGCUCCGAGCGGACUUCCACAUGACGGCACAGAACGGUACGACGGUGCUGAACGACAUCAUCUUCAUCAUCGAUGUGGACGAAAGCUUGGAGAAGAUUGUGACGGUCACGGAAUUCAUUGAUCCCAAGGCUGCGGAGCUGCUGAGGGAGGCUAUCCAGGCUUGA